UUCAAUUGUCUUUCCGUCUACCUUUCUUUCUUCUCUAGUCUCUUCUCCUCCCUUCCUAUGAUGUUGUCUUCCAAAUUAAAUUUCAGUCAGCAUUUAUUGGGAGUAAAAUGCUGAAGCUGAGUCAUCAAGCGACAAACAUGUGACGGCAUUGAUGGGGUGAAACACCUACUAAUUCAGAACCCCUUGUCCCUAGGACAUUCAAUGCACCUCCAAUAUACUAAUCAAGGCAUUUAUAUGAAUUUAUAUUUCAAGACUAGUGGGAGCUUCAUUAGUCCAUAUCUUUGUAUGUGAUUAUAUAUCGUAUGAACGGUGAGAUGCGCGGCCUGCAAAACAGCAUUCCCAGGUCACCUCUUAGAAGCGACGAGGAUAUUGAAAGUACUUCUCUUUUGCGGGACCUUUCUACUCCAGAGUUUGAGAAAAGCCGACCGCUUUUUGGAUAUUCUGAAGAUGCCGCUCGGCCUCACAACGAUGAGCCCCCGGGUCCCCCCUUAAGGAGCCGCGUAUCAUGGUUGUCUACUUGCCGCUGUGCUCUAUUUGCGAUCCUGUCAUUUGUUUCAAUCUCUUAUUACUUCUGGUUUAUAAUUCCUGACGGUCCAUCCCAAAGCGUUCCUCCGCAUCCUGUGGCAACUUCGAUUUGCGACACCCCCGAAUGUGUGCAUGCCGCAUCUGAAAUUCUCUACAACCUCGAUCCGAACCAUGCUCAAAUCGAUCCUUGUACAGACUUUGAUCAAUUUGUCUGUGGGGGGUGGGGAGAGCGGCAUGACAUGCGCCCUGACCAGGGCUCCAUAUUUACCGGAACAUUGAUGGAGGAAGCUGGCCAAACUCACCUUCGCCACUUGCUAAGCUCCUCGAAACCUUCAGACCCUAGCGAUUCAAACAACUUCGAGAAACUAAAGGCAGCGUACACUGCCUGUAUAGACGAGACGACGGUCAACAAACGGGGGAGUAGACCGCUGGAUGACAUGUUGGCCGAGUUUGAGAAGAUAUAUAGUCGGGAUUCAAUUUCUCUCAAAGGGUCGGAUGCCGACCUGACAGAUGCGGUACUUUAUCUCAUGGAAUCCGGUGUCGAAGCUCUGGUAUCCCCGAUCGUUUCGCCUGAUGACCGUGAUCCGGACUCUGUCGCGAUCUUUGUGAAUCCACUUGGCGAAAUCGGACUUCCCGCCAGAGAAUAUUAUAAUAACACGGAAACCGUUGCAGAAUACACUACGGUGGUGGAGAAGGUACUUGGAGAAUUCAUUGGCAGUACGACAAAGCAUCCCCUUCGCGACGUCGUUUCUUUCGAAGCCAAAAUAGCAGACGUCACCCCGGAUACUCAAAGUCAAGAAGAUGUGACCAAGUCCUAUAAUCCGCGGACCGUCCAGGAGACGGAAUCACUCCUACCACAAUUCUCCAUGUCAGGUAUAAUCUCGGCUCUGUCGCCAUCGGGGUAUAAGAGUGAUCGUCUGAUAGUGGGCUCUCCAUCAUAUAUGGAAGCGUUGUCGUCCAUCUUAAAUGAGACUCCGAGAGAAGUUGUCCAGCUCUAUUUCAAGUGGAAGAUUAUACAAACCUACGCAGAUGAGAUUGAAGACGCGAAAAUCCAGCCUCUUCGCGAGUUCAACAAUAGGCUUGCAGGCAAGGACCCGCAGGCCACUGAAGAAAGAUGGCGAAAAUGCAUUAGGUCCCUCGACGACAACCUUGGCUGGAUGCUGAGUCGGUUCUACGUACUCGAUUCUUUCUCCGAAGAAUCAAAGCAACUGGGUGACCAGAUAGUGUCAGACAUCAAGGAGCGUUUUGUGUUUACCCUUCACCAGACAAGCUGGAUGCCCUCCCAAGUGAGAGACCUGGCCAUUAAGAAAGUUGGAAACAUUAUUCAGAAGAUUGGCUAUCCCACAAAUAGUCCUGACGUGAUGGAUGCAGCGGACGUGGAGAAGUAUUAUGAGCAUCUGAAAGUAUCUAACGAAACCUUCUUCGAGAAUACAUUAGCUUCCGCAAAGUUUGACCUUCACAACGAAUGGUCGAAGUUGGGAAAGCCAACGGAUCGAAAUGAAUGGAGCAUGACUGCACCAACUGUGAAUGCGUAUUACAAUCCUCCUGGAAAUGAAAUUGUUUUCCCCGCUGGGAUUAUGCAGCCGCCAGUCUUUUACGGACCGUCUGCUCCCUUAUAUCUAGCUUACGGCGCGUUUGGAGCUGUUAGUGGACAUGAACUAUCACAUGCAUUCGACUCGACGGGUAGACACUAUGACGAAACUGGAAAUUAUACUGAUUGGUGGGAUGACAAGACGGUCGAAGCCUUCGAGCAGCGGGCCCAAUGCUUCGUUGACCAAUACUCACAUUUCACUGCCCCUGAACAAAGCACGGAGGAGCCUCUCCAUGUCAAUGGGCGUCUCACUCUUGGUGAGAACAUCGCGGAUGCUGGGGGUAUCGGAGCGGCAUACCACGCUUGGAAAAAGCAUGAUGGGGUGUCCCCGGAUCCUCAACUCCCCGGUCUUUCUAAAUUCACUAAGGAACAACUCUUCUUUAUUGCGUAUGGGAACUGGUGGUGUAGCAAGUCUACUGCCGAGGCCGCUCGAGAGGCUAUCUACAACGAUCCACAUGCCCCUAAACCAGCAAGGAUUAUUGGAACGAUGGAAAACUCUCGAGAAUUCAACGAAGCAUUCAAUUGCCCUAGAAAGAAGCCUGUCUGCAAACUCUGGUAGUCUCAGUAUGAAAUAGUAGAUGCAGAUAUUGUCGAACAUCGAAUGGCGCAAUUUUGGGAGCGAUUCUUGAUUCAAUUUACAAUUCUUUCUACGCGAAUGUGCUACUAGGUUGAUAUUUCUAAGUAGAAUGAACCUUAAUAAGAUAUCCUAAGACUUUUCUCUCGUAGAUCCCGUUGGAGUGGUAUAUAAUAGCCUGGUUACAAGUCACCGCAUUGGUC